AUUUCCUUAAAUCCUUGUUGAUUAGCCGGAGCCGCCGUGAGAGAGAGAAGGGGGAAGAAGAAAUGAGCGGCGGAGGAAACAACGUCGUGAACAAAGUGUUAUACGCGACGUCGUAUCAUCCGAUUCAAGCCGGAAGUAUUGACGGAACUGACGUUGCUCCACAUGAUAACGGCGUCCGUCGAGCUCUUCUCUGCUAUAACGCCGGCUUAUACGAUCCUUCUGGUGAUUCGAAAGCUAUCGGAGAUCCUUACUGUACUCUCUUCGUGGGUCGUCUCUCUCAUCAUACUACUGAAGAUACUAUUCGAGAGGUGAUGAGUAAGUAUGGCUGGAUUAAAAACUUGCGCUUGGUUAGACACAUUGUGACGGGAGCUUCACGAGGGUAUGCUUUUGUGGAGUAUGAGACUGAAAAGGAGAUGCUUUGUGCUUAUGAGGAUGCUCAUCAUUCUUUAAUCGAUGGUCGGGAGGUUAUUGUUGAUUACAAUCGACAGCAAUUGAUGCCUGGAUGGAUACCAAGAAGACUAGGAGGUGGGCUUGGUGGUAGGAAAGAAUCUGGACAACUUCGCUUUGGAGGACGAGACAGACCAUUCCGUGCUCCCUUGCGACCAAUCCCUCAUGUAGAUUUGAAAAAGCUCGGUAUUCAGCUUCCGCCUGAGGGAAGAUAUAUGUCGCGCACACAGAUCCCAUCACCUCCUAGGAGAAAAGGAAAUGUGUCGGAUAGAGAGGAAGAAUAUUAUCGGGAAAAGAGGUCUGUAGAAAGGGAUGAAGAGUUUAAAGAGCGAAGCAGCCUUAGGUCUUAUCACAGUCACAGGACGAGCUCACACACACACAGCUCCCAUAGAAGACGCAGCAAAGACAGAGACGAGCGUUCCAGGACAGAGUCUCGUUCUGAUAGAAAAGAGAGAUCACGAGGUAUGGAAGAUCGAUAUGGUGACAACAAGGGUGAAGUUUCUGGCAGCAAAAGAUCAAAACGUCUUGAAGAAGACCGUUGUCACAAACGUCAUAAACACAUGCAUUCCCAUCAUCAUAGGAGGUCCUCUAGUCAAGAUCAACAUUCUUCUGACUGAAUCUUAUAUGAGGUCCUCUUGUCAAGAUCAUCAUCAUUCUUCUUGGGGACACUAUGAAGUUUUAAGUAUCAUCAUGAUGUGUUCUUCAUUAUUUAGUACGUCAUGAGAUACAUGACAUGCAAUAUACAUUGAUGUAAAUAAAGAAAAAGGAAAGUUGAUAGUUUUGGAAAA